AUGGUGUCUUCUUGGUCAAUUCGAUUGCUUGUCGCCAACCUAGCGAUUACUGGUGGAGUUGCAGGGGGUUGGCGCGACGGGAAAUUCAAGACAUUGGUGACGUUCGGCGACAGCUACACAGAUGAGAAUCGACUAGGAUAUUUCAUCAACAACAAUGGUUCUGCGCCUCCUGUGGCAUGGCAGCAACCGGUGGGUCUAGCAACUGCUUCAGGCGGCCUCUCGUGGGCUCGUUACGCUAGCAUCUACUCGAAGAUGAAUCUCUACAAUUACGCCGUCUCAGGAGCUGUGUGCUCUAACGAAGUGACACCACGCGACUUCUCUGCUAUAAACGCACCCUUCCCUGACAUUGCCGGCUACGAACUCCCCGCCUUCAUUGCGGAUUCCAAAGCUAGCAACGCCAAUGGAACCAAAUUCUUUACCGGAAAAGCCUCCACCACCGUGUACGCGAUCUGGAUUGGAACAAAUGACCUCGGAAACGGGGCGUUCCUGACAGACAGUCAAGUCCCCGGUAAGACCGUGGCAGACUACAUGGACUGUGUCUACGACCAAAUCACACGCCUCUACGAAAACGGAGGCCGCAACUUUGUUAUCAUGAACCUCGCUCCACUCAACCUCCUCCCUCAGUAUCAACAGCCCCAAGAUGGCGGUCUACAAACAACACAAUACUACCCCGAUGUCCCUGGCAAGAACCUUACCGAAGUGCACGGCCGCAUACAAAACACCGUGGCAGCACUCAACCAAGUCUACAAGUACCGCACGCCUUUUGAAGCCAAAGUUGAAGAAGUCUGGGAAGAUGCGAAUGUGGCUAGUUUUGAUGUUAACGCGCUUAUGACGGAUAUUUACAACAACCCUGCGAGCUAUCUGAAUGGGACGGGGGCGCCGCUUAAUGUCAAGGGUGUAGAGCAUUUGUGUGAUGCGCAAGGAAGUAACUGUACGAGUACGGAUAGUCCGGAUAGCUUCAUGUGGUAUGACCCGCUGCAUCCUAGUGAGCAGACGAGUCGAGUUGUCGCCAGGGAGUUUGUGGGCGUGCUUGGUGGGAAGAGUAAGUGGGCUACUUACUGGGGUUGUUAG